AUGAGUGAAAACACACCAUUAAAUGGAAAUAUACCAAAAUAUAAUGACGAAGAGCAAUUAAUAGGUGAAGAAUAUAAUUAUCAAAAUUCAUGGUCAUCAAGAACUAAAAUAAUAAUUUAUACAAUCAUAGGAAUAUUUACUUUAACAGUACUACUAUUUUUUACAAUUUUUUUGCCAAAUUAUUAUAUACCGAAAGGUAUACCAUUAAAACCAAUUAUUCAUAUUUCAGAAUUAAAUGUUUCUGUUUUACCACACCAAGAUAAAUCACAUAUUAAUAGAUUAAUAAUGAUUGGAGAUAUUCAUGGACAUUAUAAUGAAUUUAGAAAACUCUUGAAGAAAGCCAGUUACAAUCCCAAAAAGGAUGAAUUACUAGUAUUAGGAGAUUUUGUAACUAAAGGGCCAGAUAAUUUUAAAAUGUUAGAUUAUUUAAUUGAUAAUAAAGUUAGUUGUAUAAUGGGAAAUCAUGAAUUUUAUUUAUUACAAAAUUAUGCUACAUUUCAUAUGUUAGAUCAACCUACUUUUUUAAAUAAUAAUAUUUCAUCAUUUAGGAUCAAAGAAUCUUUUAAUAAUGAUCCUGAAUUUAUAUUUGCAAAAAAAUUACAACCUAAACAUGUUGAAUAUAUAAACAAUUGUUCAAUUAUAAAAGAAUUAGGUCCAGUUCCUUUAACAAAUGAAAAAAAUGCUCCAGGUAUUGCUGUUCAUGCAGGUGUGAGACCAGAUUUAACUUUGGAAGAACAAAAUCCUGUAGAUAAUUUAGAAAUGAGAGACUUGGUUGGUCCAUAUUAUAAUGAAACUACUUCUGAUUCAGAUACUCCAAAUUCAAAAAGUUGGUCAAAAAUAUAUAAUUCAAAAAAUGGAGCUUAUCCAGCUAAUAAUAUUGUAUUGUAUGGACAUGAUGCAAGAAGAGGUUUAAAAUUAAAAAAAUAUACAAAAGGUUUAGAUUCUGGUUGUGAUAAAGGUGGUAAAUUAAGCGCUUUUAUAAUAUCAUCUACGAAGAAUAACAAAGGAAGGAUAAAUUUAACACAAGAAGUAAUACAAAUAAAUUGUUAG